UGCACGGAAUGGGCUCCUCCCGCGGGGCGUGAGCCUGUCGUGUUGUGACGCAGCUCCGCCCGACUAGUCCUGCUCGGCUGUUCUGAGGGAAGCGCAAAAUGGCGGACGGAGAGCUGAACGUGGACAGCCUGAUCAGCCGCCUGCUGGAGGUGCGAGGAUGUCGCCCUGGAAAGAUUGUCCAGAUGACGGAGGCAGAAGUACGAGGCCUGUGUAUAAAAUCUCGUGAGAUCUUCCUCAGUCAGCCCAUACUGUUGGAGCUGGAAGCCCCACUGAAGAUUUGUGGUGACAUCCAUGGGCAGUACACAGACUUACUCCGGUUGUUUGAAUAUGGGGGCUUCCCGCCAGAAGCCAAUUACCUUUUCCUGGGAGAUUAUGUGGACAGAGGGAAGCAAUCACUGGAGACCAUCUGUCUGCUUCUGGCAUAUAAAAUCAAAUAUCCCGAGAACUUCUUCCUGCUUCGAGGAAACCACGAGUGCGCGAGCAUCAACCGGAUCUAUGGCUUCUACGAUGAAUGCAAACGGAGGUUUAAUAUAAAGCUGUGGAAGACCUUCACCGACUGCUUCAACUGCCUGCCGAUUGCCGCCAUCGUGGAUGAGAAGAUCUUCUGUUGCCAUGGAGGACUUUCUCCUGAUCUGCAGUCCAUGGAACAGAUCCGCAGAAUCAUGAGGCCCACAGAUGUCCCUGACACAGGAUUACUAUGUGACUUGUUGUGGUCGGACCCCGAUAAAGAUGUACAAGGCUGGGGGGAGAAUGACCGUGGUGUCUCCUUUACCUUUGGGGCAGACGUAGUCAGCAAAUUCUUGAAUCGACACGACCUGGAUCUGAUUUGUCGAGCUCAUCAGGUAGUAGAAGAUGGUUAUGAAUUCUUUGCCAAGCGGCAGCUGGUCACCCUGUUUUCUGCUCCGAACUACUGCGGGGAAUUUGAUAAUGCCGGAGGCAUGAUGAGUGUGGAUGAAACCUUGAUGUGCUCCUUCCAGAUCUUGAAGCCAUCGGAAAAGAAAGCAAAGUACCAGUACGGCGGGCUGAACUCCGGCCGCCCAGUGACGCCCCCUCGGACAGCGAACCCACCGAAGAAGAGGUGAAGAUCAUAUCCUCCCGAAGACACGACACCCUGAUCCCCAUCAAAACAAGACUCCACCUUAUAUUAAACGUGUGCACUGUUUAACAUCACCUAGCCAUUCUGACCCUCCUUAAAAAUGUCACGCGCGUUUACCUUACACGAGACAGGUCAAAGAUUCCAGAAAGUUUUAAUCUGCUUCACUCCCCUCCCCCAAUACAAGUCUAGUAUGCGCAGCUAGAAAUAA